AACACACGACAUGUUGCUUAAAAAAAUGAACACACAACAUGCUGUUUGGAUUCUUUAAUGAUUUUCCGGUUCAUUGUUCGUUUCUGAGUAUUGAAAACGGCGUCGUUUGGUCAGACUUUUCACUCGCACAUUGAAGUUUCAAUUUCAACCCACCUCAGAAGAAGAAGCUCGAAUCUGAAAACUGCAAAAUCAGAAACUGAAUUACCACCAAAAUGAUGAUUCAGCUUCAACCAUUUCUCACUGAACCCUAACUUUCUUCUUCUUCGCAACUCUGAUCCGAUCCUGAUCCAUUUCCGAUCCAAUCCGAUCUGAUCCAGGUUCGGAACCACUCUCCAAUGUCAGGUGCAGCUUCCGCUCUCUUCCUUCUCGAUAUCAAAGGCCGCGUUCUCAUUUGGCGCGAUUAUCGUGGCGAUGUCACCGCUGUUGAAGCCGAACGAUUCUUCACCAAGCUCAUCGAGAAAGAGGGUGAUCCACAGUCUCAAGAUCCAGUUGUUUAUGAUAAUGGUGUGAGUUACAUGUUUGUACAGCAUAGUAAUGUUUACCUCAUGAUAGCAACAAGACAAAACUGCAAUGCAGCCAGUCUCAUUUUCUUCCUACAUCGCAUAGUUGAUGUGUUCAAGCAUUAUUUUGAGGAAUUGGAGGAGGAAUCUCUCAGGGAUAACUUUGUUGUUGUGUAUGAACUACUUGAUGAAAUAAUGGACUUUGGCUACCCCCAAUAUACUGAGGCGAAGAUUCUUAGUGAAUUUAUUAAGACAGAUGCUUAUAGAAUGGAAGUUACACAGAGACCUCCUAUGGCUGUAACAAAUGCUGUUUCUUGGCGCAGCGAAGGGAUAAACUACAAGAAAAAUGAGGUUUUCUUGGAUGUGGUGGAGAGUGUUAACAUACUUGUCAAUAGUAAUGGGCAAAUAAUUAGGUCUGAUGUUGUUGGGGCAUUGAAGAUGAGAACAUAUUUGAGUGGUAUGCCAGAAUGUAAACUUGGCUUAAAUGAUAGAGUAUUAUUAGAGGCACAAGGUAGAACGACCAAGGGAAAAGCGAUUGACUUGGAGGACAUCAAAUUUCAUCAGUGUGUGCGAUUGGCCCGAUUUGAGAAUGAUCGAACGAUUUCCUUUAUCCCACCUGAUGGAUCAUUUGAUUUGAUGACAUAUAGGCUCAGCACACAGGUUAAGCCUUUAUUUUGGGUGGAAGCUCAAGUUGAAAAGCAUUCAAAAAGUCGGAUUGAGAUUACGGUAAAAGCUAGGAGUCAAUUUAAGGAACGUAGCACUGCUACAAACGUUGAGAUUGAGUUACCUGUGCCUGCUGAUGCAACCACUCCAAAUGUUCGGACAUCAAUGGGAUCUGCAUCAUAUGCACCUGAGAAAGAUGCAUUAAUCUGGAAAAUAAGAUCCUUUCCUGGAGGCAAGGAGUACAUGCUAAGGGCAGAGUUUCGUCUUCCUAGCAUUACAGACGAGGAAGCACCUCCUGAGAGAAAAGCUCCUAUACGUGUAAAAUUUGAGAUACCAUAUUUUACUGUGUCUGGAAUACAGGUAAGGUAUUUGAAGAUUAUUGAGAAAAGUGGGUAUCAGGCUCUUCCAUGGGUGAGAUACAUAACAACAGGUGGAGAGUAUGAACUAAGGCUUAUUUGAGAUCUGUACCCUCAUUUGGUGUUAAAAAAUUCACCAAAUAACUGUAUCAUUCAUUGAACGAUGACCGAAGCUGGUGGAAGGCGAAGGAAGUCUUAAUCGAAAUUAAUUAGAAUAUAUUUGGCCAACUGCAACAGAUUGUAAGUUGCUCAUUAUUUCGAAAGUUGGUGUCAACUGAAAUUCAUGAGUUGAGUUUGGCCAGAACUCUUAUAAGUCCCUUUGGUCAAUUGUGUGUUGAUUUAUAUAUUUUUAGGCCCCUUCUUUUUUGUAAUCAGAAUGUCCAUUGUUGUUCGUUUGAGGUCAUAUUGUAAUUUGAUUUACAUUUAUAAGAGAACUAUUGGUUUUUGUUUUUCGAAGGAGACCGAUUGUUGGAAGAGUAUUGAUUCUGCUACAGCCCAUGUAUGAGGGAUUAAAUGUAAACAUAUGUUUAAUGUUUAAUUUUGUAUGUAUUCAUGAAGUUUUACGCAUCAA